AUGGUGGGAGUACUGGUUGCAUUAUUAGUAGCCGCGGUUACAACAGCAGCACCUCAAGCCCACCCGCCUCGGCGGUGCCUGAACCAGAAGUGUGGUAAUGUGAGCGUUCCAUAUCCAUUUGGCAUAGAUUCAGGUUGUUACAGGGAAGAAAAGUUUUUUAUCAAUUGUUCCCAAUCUACCAAUCCCCCAAUUGCAUAUUUGGGGGAAGGUAAUCUCCCUGUGACUAACAUAUCACUUGAGAAAGGUGAGUUGCAAAUACAGAUGCUUAUUACCAAAGAUUGUUAUGACCAACAGGGCGAGCAAACCAAUGACAGCCAAGCCUUCUCUUCGAUCAAGAUGGCUGAAUUCACCAUAUCCGCUACCAAAAACAGGUUCAUGGCUGUUGGUUGCGACACUAAUGCAAUUUUUGGAGGCUACCGAGAAACAGAACAGUACAUGAGUGGGUGCACAUCUUUUUGUCAGAGCAUUCCCAGCGUUAACGACUCUUGCUCCGGCAUCGGGUGUUGCCAGACUUACAUCCCUAGCGGACUCACAAAUCAGAAUAUAACAUUGGAGAGCUUUUACAAUCACAAAUAUAGCUGGAACUUCAACCCCUGCAGCUUCGCCUUCGUUGUGGAAAAUGGCCAAUUCACAUUCUCCGGGGAGACAAGUUUUCAAGUACUUAGCAACACUAAAAGACUUCCAAUGAUUCUCAAUUGGGAAAUUGGUAAUGAGUCAUGUAGUGCAGCUAAAAAGAGAGUGGAUUAUCCAUGCCAUAACAAAACUACCAAGUGUGUCGACCGGAUCAUCCAUAACAAGCCUGCAUCGUCUGGUUACUUUUGCCAGUGCUUGCCUGGAUACCAAGGGAACCCUUACCUCCCAGAUGGUUGCCAAGAUAUUGAUGAGUGCGAGACUUCAAACCCCUGCGACAAUGGAACUUGCCAUAAUCUAGAUGGAAGUUACUAUUGUAAAUGUAAUAGUGGGUACAGAAACCACGACCCCAAGACUUGCAUACCCGGAACAAAGAACACUGCCCUCAAAAUUUCAUUGGGUGUCUGUCUGAGCUUCUUAGUUUUACUGGUUUUAGUCUUUUGGAUAUAUUGCGGAGUCAAGAGAAGAAAGUUCAAGAAACAACAAGAAAAGUUCUUUAAACAAAAUGGGGGCUUACUUUUACGACAACAACUGACUCGAUACAAUGGAUCCAUAGAGACAGCCUCAAUCUUUUCUGAAGAAGAUCUGAAGAAGAUGACAGACCAUUACGAUGAAAAGAGAAAGAUUGGUGAAGGAGGGUCUGGACUAGUUUACAAAGGUAUAUUGCCUGCAGAUAAAAGAGAGGUUGCCAUAAAAAUGUCCAAAGUCAGUGCCCCAAUUACUGACAGCUUGGAGUUUGCUAACGAGGUGAUUCUUCUAUCUCAAAUCAACCAUAAAAAUGUUGUGAAGCUCCUUGGUUGUUGUUUAGAGACCCAAACACCUAUUCUCGUUUAUGAGUUCAUCUCCAAUGGCACUCUUUAUGAUCACCUUCAUGGAAAAGAUGGAAAAGAAAAACUUUCGUUGGAAUCGCGGUUGAAGAUAGCAUCAGGUACUGCAGAAGCUCUCUCGUACUUGCACCACUCCAUUUCUAAUCCAAUAAUACACCGAGAUGUGAAAGCAAUGAAUAUACUAUUGGACAAGAAUUAUGUGGCUAAAGUAGCAGACUUUGGGGCUUCACGGUUGGUUCUGGAAGAUCAAAAUCAACUAGCAACUUUGGUGCAAGGGACGCUUGGUUACUUGGACCCUGAAUAUCUUCAGUCACACAUUCUAACAGAUAAGAGUGAUGUUUAUAGCUUUGGAGUUGUCCUAGCGGAGCUACUCACAGGCAAAAAGGCACUAAUCAAGAGAAAAAAUGAGGCAGAAAACCUAGCAAACGUCUUUGUUUGCGCAAUGAAAGAGGGCCGGCUAGCUGAAAUUCUUGAUGCAGAUGUAGUUAAGGAGGAACAUAAUUUCGAGACAAUCGUAGAAAAAGUUGCCAAUCUGGCAAAAAAAUGUAUAGCGUUAAGAGGUGAAGAAAGGCCUCCCAUGAAUGAAGUAGCCGUGGAGCUCCUGGGAUUAGUGCAAAUUAUGGGAAAGAAUACGGCUGGGGAAAAGGUUGAUGAUAUCCAACGGUCUUCCGAAGAUACGGACCACUUGCUCGGGUCACCUGCUGCUAAUUAUUAUGAUUACGUUUUGGAUGUUAGAGGUGAAGUUGGUGAUAGUGCUUCAAUUGCAGUAGAGCCUUACGAUCAUGGUCGUUGA